GUCGUCACAGCUGUGGUAGCCUGCCCUUCCAAACCAAAGCCAACAUCAACCACCACGACCUCGAAUUCCACUGCCCAACCCCACUGCCCGAAUUGCCAUCUAAACCUCCGAACCAGUACUCGAACCUCCAGAAUUAACAUCCAAACCCCCAGAAAUCUACAAUCAUGGCAUCGGGCUACGAUAGAGCGCUCUCAGUCUUCAGUCCCGACGGCCACGUCUUCCAAGUCGAAUACGCCGGCGAGGCCGUCAAGCGAGGAACCUGCGCCGUAGGCGUCAAAGGCCAAGAUGUCGUCGUCCUCGGCUGCGAGAAGCGCUCGGCCAUGAAGCUCCAAGACACCCGCAUCACCCCCUCCAAGAUCGGCCUCAUCGACACGCACGUCUGCCUCGCCUUUGCCGGCCUCAACGCCGACGCCCGCAUCCUCGUCGACAAGGCCCGGUUAGAGGCCCAGUCUCACAGGCUCAACCUCGAGGACCCCGUCACGAUCGAGUACAUCACCAAGUACGUUGCCGGAGUGCAGCAGCGGUACACACAGAGCGGUGGCGUGAGACCAUUUGGCAUCUCCACGUUGAUUGUGGGGUUUGAUAAGGGGAGUGAGGUGCCGAGGUUGUAUCAGACGGAGCCGUCGGGGAUCUAUUCUGCUUGGAAAGCGAAUGCCAUCGGCCGUUCCAGCAAGACAGUCCGCGAGUUCCUCGAGCGCAACUACAAGGAGGAUAUGGACCGGGAAGCCACUGUUAGACUCGCCAUCAAGUCUUUGUUGGAGGUGGUGCAAACUGGCGCCAAGAAUAUCGAGAUUGCCAUCAUGGCGCCUGGCAAGACGUUGGAGUUGCUGCCGGUGGAGGAUAUUGAGAAUUACGUCAAGAAUAUCGAGCAGGAGAAGCAAGAAGAGGCGGACAAGAAGAAGAAGGGCCGGACUCCAGGGCAGGGCAGUGCUGCCAUAUUGACUCGGCAAAAGGAUGAGUCUGAGCAGUAGGGUGUUGGUCAAGGAGCAGAGAUAGAUGGGAUGGCGCCUGGCUUUUAGAGCAGAAGCGAGCGCUGGUUGGUUGAGGAAUUCAAAUGUAUGAUAAUACCACCCACUUGCAGCUCACACGAUGAAUUCAUAUCAAAGAUGGCAAGACUCCAUGCUGUAGUCUCCCAG